UUACGUCACCCUCCACGGCGGCGGCGAGACCCCGUUCCCCGCACAGCGCCAGAGGCAGGCAAACGUGCGCGCGCGAGUGUGUGAGUGAGUGCGGGAGUGGAGCGGAGCGCUAGCGAGCGGCAGCGGCAGGUUGCGCUGGAAGAGGAGAAGGCGGCGGCGCGGCGCCGUCGUCAGUGGCAGUAGCGGCAGUGCGGCGCGCGGCACGCACCCAGCGGCUCCGCAAUGACGUCGGAAACGGCUGACGAGAACCGCGUUCGAUACCGCCGCGCGCAGAGCGUGACGAGGGCGGAGGAGAUCCAGGAGGAGGAGGCGCGAGUGCGGAAGCAGCAACCUGACAAGCCAUGUCACCGGCCCAGAGAUUCCUUAUUUUCAUGGUCAUCGGGGUUCACGAAUUUUGCUGGCCUUGUGAACUGGGGCUUCCUCCUCCUAAGUAUGGGAGGAAUUCGGCUCCUCCUCGAAAAUUUUAUCAAAUAUGGUUGGCGUGUGGAUCCUGAGCAGUGGAUAAUAGUAUUCACAGGCAGACAAGAAGGAGAUGGAGAAUAUCCUUCAAUUAUUUUGCUCAUGUAUUCUGUUGUACCUAUUGUUCUUUGCCUUCUGGUAGAAAAGGGCUUGGCAGUGGAAAUAAUUGGAAAUAAAUUGGGAAUGAUAGCACAUAUUGCUAAUAUUAUUGUACUAGUUAUGAUACCGAUGGUAACGAUAAAUGUAAAAUCUGCAGGUUUUAGUUUAAUUGGUGCGACUGCUGUAUGUAUGGUCUACUCAGUAUUAUUUCUGAAGUUGUGGUCUUAUGUGCAAGUAAAUUUAUGGUGCCGACAAGCUCGAGCUAGUCAUAAUUUUCAACAAAUGAGAAGGCAAAGAAUCUCCUUCCAUACUUUCAGAGAGCAUGCUUCAGUUGAUGAUAGUGUGAGUAAUGGUCAUCUGAGGAGGGAGGAGGAAGAAGAAUCAAUUAAUCACAAAUUAGUUCAUUAUCCUGAUAAUCUCCAUAUGCAAGAUAUAUUUUACUUUAUGUUAGCUCCAACUCUCUGUUAUGAAUUGAAUUUUCCAAGAUCAGAAAGAAUUCGAAAAAGAUUCCUGAUGAGACGCAUGCUGGAAGUGGUGGUUGGUUUUCAAGUUAUUCUGUGUUUAUUUCAGCAAUGGAUUAUUCCAUCUGUAAAGAAUUCACUUAUUCCAUUCUCAAACAUGGAUGUUGCAAAAGCAACAGAACGACUUCUAAAGUUGGCUAUCCCCAACCAUCUUGUCUGGUUAAUAUUUUUUUACUUGAUGUUCCAUUCAUUCUUCAAUUUGGUGGGAGAGUUACUUCAUUUUGCUGACAGAAAUUUCUAUCUUGAUUGGUGGAAUGCCAAUAAUAUUGACACGUUUUGGAGAACAUGGAAUAUGCCUGUCCAUAAGUGGGCAGUCAGGCAUUUGUACAUUCCAUUAGUGGAAGCUGGUUAUGGAAAAACUGCAGCUGGUAUUGUAGUAUUCUUCAUCAGUGCAUUUUUCCAUGAAUAUCUCGUUAGCAUUCCCCUUCGAACUUUCAAGACGUGGGCAUUCAUGGGUAUGAUGGCUCAGGUUCCUUUAUCCAUUUUAAGUAGAUAUAUGGAGAAGAAGUGGGGACCAAGAUUUGGUAAUAUUGUAGUAUGGUCAUCUUUGAUGCUGGGACAGCCAUUAUGCAUUAUGAUGUACUAUCACGAUUAUGUGAUAACACAUUUUGGAGAAGAACUUCUUGACAGGUAUGGUCAAGUCUGAAAAUAUGGCCCAUUCACCAAUAAACAAUUGAAAUCAGGAGCAAGACUUCCUGGAUGAAGUUGCUGUUUAUAUAAUUAUAAAUUUGUUUUGCUGAACUGGUUCUGACCACAUAAUUUGCCUUGAUCUUGCCUUUUGUCUUUGCAGUUAAAAGAGCUGUUCAUUAUUUUUUCACAUUUCAAUAAUGCAAAAAUUUCCUUCAAUGAGAUUGUAUACAUAUAUUUCUGAUAAUUUAGUAUAAGAAAUUGUUACAGCAAGACUUUUAUCAUUAUAUAUCAUCACAUACAUUCCUUGUCCAUCACAAUGGCUAUUUGCCAUCUAUUUUGCAUUUCAGCUAGCAUUUGUGCCUACCUUGUGUAUUUUUGCAAAUACUGUUGUAAUGUAUAGCAUCAGUUCCCUAUAUAUCAUUGUACAUAAUUUGUUACAUUACUAUUUAUAUAUUUACGAAUGUUGUGCGUGUAUAUAAUACUAUAUAACUUGGACCUCCAUUUCCAUGCAUAUACCAUAAUUUGUAAUGCAUUUUUGGAUAUCUAGUACUAAGUUUAAUAAUAGUGUAUAAUUCUUUGUAUAGUUACUGUAAAAUAUUGUUCCUUCAAGAACAUGAACUUAACUUGUUUUAGAUAAUGAGGCACUUAAUAAAUUCUGCUGUUUUCAGUUUAGAUCAGAAUUUGUGCCACGACUGAGUAAAUUGACAUAGACUUACUUAAUAAUCACCACUGACAAUGUUGAGAGAGCUCUAGAAGUUUUUAUACAUUUUAAGAGUGUAAAAUAAUUUCUCUCUUGUUAGUGAUUAUUCAUGGUUGAACACAGGUUUUUGAACCCCUUGAUUCAUAAUGCAUUUUGUGAGGAAUUAUAGCAAGACUUUGUGACUUGUAUUCACCAAGGUUUAUUAGAUUUACCUUGUAAAACUUGUAUUGUUGUAGCUAGGUAUUGUAAGUCCAUCCAGAUUUGUUUUGGAUAUUCAAUAUAAUCAGCUUGAUAUUGUACUUACGAAUGAGGCCAUUGUAGUACCUGAGAACCUGGCUAUUUAAACCCCUGUGAAUUUUGUAAGAGAUUUCAAAUGCUAAGUAUUUUGUAUUUGUUAUUCAUAGAAAAUAUAUUUCUCAGAAUAUUAAUUUAAAUGUCUUCAAUUUUUUCCUGCUCUCCUGUAAGUUCUAUAAUGCAUUGCUCUUAUUUCUUAAAAUUU